AUGAUGAUUAAACCCUAUGCGAGACAAGAAGAAGAAGCGGAGGACGUUAGCCCUGUGCAGUGGAUGGAGGGUGACAUGAGCUCACCCGAUGGUGAUGUACCUUUGACCUCGCACCGCUGUCGAGCACGCGCCGUGAACCAUCAGCCCAGGGAGGAGGGCAGCGAGGACGUGGAACAAGACGAGGAGGAGGAAGAGGGAGUCCAGGAGGGCGAAAAUGAAUCCAGUCAAUGCGGCCCCAAGAGGAAGCGAGCCACCAAGGCCAGGCAGGAACGCUUUCGUGCCCGGCGUGUGAAGGCCAACGCCAGGGAGCGCUCGCGCAUGCACGGCCUAAACGACGCUCUGGAGAACCUGCGCAGCAUCAUGCCCUGUCACUCUAAAACCCAAAAACUGUCCAAAAUCGAAACCCUGCGUCUUGCUCGUAACUACAUCUGCGCUCUCUCCGCUGCCCUAGAAGGAGGUCUUUCCAUGGAGAGCAGGGCCUUUAUGGAGACCCUGUGCAAAGGCCUUUCGCAACCCACCACCAACCUAGUGGCAGGGUGUCUGCAGCUAGGCCCCGCGCCACCGACAGAUAGAGUUCGCCCACCGCCUGUCCCUCUGGGCGGCAUGGCGAGCUACACCUCCCCGGGCCUGCCAAGUCCACCCUACGGCAGCUUUGACUCUGCUCACCUGCUUCACCUGAGGGCCAUGAAGGGUGGAGCGUAUGAGAGCCACUCGCCAAAUGAGUACAACGCUGGCGGUGUGGGGACGCCCCCCUACGAGGGUCCUCCUACUCCACCCCUGAGCAUCAGCAGCAACCUGGUCAGCAAACAGGAGACGUCACCUCACUACUUAGCCCCGUCGCAUUACUCCCCGUCCCCCGUGGACCAUGGCCUGUACCCGCCUCAGUCUGGGUAUGGCGUACAGGCGUCAUAUGACUCCUACCAUCCACCUCACAUGACCCCCCGACAAAUAACCCCUGUCUACAGAGACUAG